AAAUGGCUCGGCAGCAGGACGGUUGUCGUGCGUGACCUUCCUGAAACGAUGACGUGAUAGCGACUCAACGCUAUCACUUUUGUUGUCUGCUGCUUUCCUCCUUCCUCACUGAAGUUCAGGUAGGUUAAGAGAAGUGUGAAAGAUGGCAGACUGUGGAGACUCAAAGGCUCCGCUGAGGACUGUGAAGCGGAUGCAGUUUGGCAUCCUCAAUCCCGAUGAGAUUCGACGGAUGUCUGUGACUGAUGGUGGGAUUCGUUAUGCCGAAGUAUAUGAAGGAGGACGCCCUAAGCUGGGUGGCCUCAUGGAUCCUCGCCAGGGAGUCAUUGAUCGUAAUUCCCGCUGUCAGACGUGUGCUGGAAACAUGACUGAAUGUCCUGGUCAUUUUGGACACAUUGACCUUGCCAAACCUGUUUUUCACAUUGGUUUUCUUUCAAAGACUAUCAAGAUUCUACGUUGUGUGUGCUUUUACUGCUCAAAACUUCUGGUCAGCCCAACCCAUCCAAAGAUCAAAGAAAUUGUGGUGAAGUCCAAAGGUCAGCCAAGAAAACGGCUUGCCCAUGUGUAUGACCUGUGCAAAGGAAAGAUGGUCUGCGAAGGAGGGGAGGAGAUAGAGACGGACAAUCCCGAUGACCCUAAUUCUGGCAAGUCAAAGAAGCCUGGACUCCACAGUGGCUGUGGACGAUAUCAGCCCAAGAUUAGGCGUACCGGUCUGGAACUCACAGCUGAGUGGAAGCACGUAAAUGAGGAUUCCCAGGAGAAGAAGGUUGUUCUGAGUGCUGAAAGGGUUCAUGAGAUAUUUAAGCAUGUCUCUGAUGAGGAAUGCUAUGUGCUUGGAAUGGAUCCUAAGUAUGCACGACCAGACUGGAUGGUCAUCACUGUCCUGCCUGUUCCUCCUCUGGCUGUGAGGCCAACGGUCACCAUGUUUGGUGCCAGGAGUCAGGAUGAUCUCACACACAAGCUUGCCGAUAUCGUCAAGGCUAACAAUGAGCUUACUCGCAAUGAGCAGUCUGGUGCAGCUGCUCACAUCAUUGCUGAGAACAUCAAGAUGCUACAGUUUCAUGUGGCAACCCUCAUAGACAAUAACAUUCCAGGGCUGCCUCAGGCCACACAGAAAUCUGGUCGUCCUUUGAAGGCCCUGAAGGCGCGGCUGACAUCAAAGGAAGGCCGCAUUCGUGGGAACCUCAUGGGGAAACGUGUUGAUUUUUCUGCUCGAACAGUUAUCACCCCUGAUCCCAAUCUUCGUGUGGAUCAAGUUGGAAUCCCUCGCUCCAUUGCGCAGAAUCUGACUUUUCCUGAGAUUGUGACCCCAUUCAACAUCGACAAGAUGCAGGAGUUGGUGCAGCGAGGCAACUCUCAAUAUCCAGGAGCCAAGUACAUCAUUCGUGACAACGGUGACAGGAUUGAUCUUCGAUAUCAUCCCAAACCAGCUGAUCUCCAUCUUCAGUUUGGAUACAGGGUGGAACGACAUAUUCGUGAUGGGGACCUGGUGGUAUUUAAUCGACAGCCCACAUUGCACAAGAUGUCUAUGAUGGGCCAUCGAGUGAAAGUUCUUCCUUGGUCAACUUUCAGAAUGAAUCUCAGUUGCACAAGUCCAUAUAAUGCUGACUUCGAUGGGGAUGAGAUGAACCUCCACAUUCCACAGAGCAUGGAGACACGAGCUGAGAUAGAAAACCUUCACAUCACACCUCGUAUGGUUGUGACGCCACAGGCAAAUAGACCAGUAAUGGGUAUUGUGCAGGACACAUUGACAGCUGUGCGGAAGAUGACAAAGAGAGAUGUGUUCCUAGAGAAGGAUCAAAUGAUGGACCUGCUGAUGCAUCUUCCCAGUUGGGAUGGGAAAGUCCCACAACCUGCUAUCCUAAAGCCAAAGCCACUCUGGACUGGCAAGCAGUUGUUCUCAUUGAUCAUUCCUGGGAAUGUGAACGUCAUCCGCACACAUUCAGCUCAUCCAGAUGAUGAAGAUGAAGGUCCUUAUAAGUGGAUAUCUCCUGGAGACACCAAAGUGUUGAUUGAACAUGGAGAAUUGGUGAUGGGGAUCUUAUGCAAACGCACAUUGGGUGCAUCAGCUGGGUCACUCCUCCACGUUGUCUGGUUGGAACUUGGCCAUGAAGUUUGUGGCCAAUUCUACUUCCAAAUUCAGACUGUAGUCAACAAUUGGCUUCUCAUUGAAGGGCACAGCAUUGGUAUUGGAGACACUAUUGCAGAUCCCCAGACUUAUCUGGACAUUCAGAAUACUAUCAAGAAAGCCAAAGAAGAUGUGAUUGAGGUGAUCCAGAAAGCUCACAAUGAUGAACUGGAUCCCACUCCUGGAAACACUCUGAGGCAGACCUUUGAGAACAUGGUGAAUCGAAUCCUUAAUGAUGCUCGUGACAAGACAGGAGCAUCAGCCAAGAAGUCCUUGACAGAAUAUAACAAUCUGAAGGCGAUGGUGGUUGCAGGAUCCAAAGGCUCCAAUAUCAACAUCUCUCAGGUUAUUGCCUGUGUGGGGCAGCAGAACGUGGAAGGAAAGCGAAUACCCUUUGGCUUUCGUAAGCGGACUCUCCCACAUUUCAUCAAAGAUGACUAUGGUCCUGAAUCCAGAGGGUUUGUGGAGAACUCGUACCUUGCUGGUCUCACACCGUCCGAGUUCUACUUUCACGCCAUGGGUGGUCGUGAAGGUCUCAUUGAUACUGCUGUGAAGACUGCUGAAACUGGUUACAUCCAGCGUCGAUUGAUCAAGGCCAUGGAGAGUGUCAUGGUGUGCUAUGAUGGAACAGUGAGAAACUCUGUGAGUCAACUGAUCCAGUUGCGUUACGGGGAGGAUGGCUUGGCCGGUGAAUAUGUUGAGUUCCAGACCCUACCUACUGUCAAACCCUCCAAUCGUGCCUUUGAGAGCAAAUUCCGAUUUGAUCCCAGUAAUGAACGGCACCUGAGACGCAUCUUCAACGAAGACAUCGUAAAGGAGGUGAUGGGGAGUGGGGAGAUCAAUCGGGAGCUGGAAAAGGAAUGGGGCCAACUCUCUAAGGACCGAGAUGAUAUUCGAAGGAUCUUUCCAACUGGAGAGAACAAGGUUGUUCUUCCAUGCAACCUGCAACGUAUGAUCUGGAAUGCACAGAAGGUCUUCCACAUCAACAAGAGAGCCCCAACUGAUCUUAGCCCCAUCCGUGUGCGUCAUUUGCUGAAAAAGUGUGUCAUUGUGCCUGGGGAGGACAGCCUGAGCCAGGCAGCUAAUGAAAAUGCAACCCUCCUCUUCUCGUGUCUCGUUCGCUCAACACUCUGCACCCGCCGUGUUGCUGAAGAAUUCCGUCUUUCAUCCGAAGCCUUUGAAUGGCUUCUGGGUGAAAUUGAAACUCGUUUCCAGCAAUCAAUGGCUCAACCUGGAGAGAUGGUGGGAGCUCUGGCUGCCCAGUCUUUGGGAGAACCAGCCACUCAGAUGACCCUCAACACCUUCCACUUUGCAGGAGUGUCCUCGAAGAACGUCACCUUGGGUGUACCUCGACUAAAGGAAAUCAUCAACAUCAGCAAGAAACCUAAGGCACCUUCACUUACUGUGUUCCUCACUGGGGCAGCAGCCCGAGAUGCCGAGAAGGCCAAAAAUGUCCUCUGUCGCUUGGAACAUACCACACUCCGCAAGGUUAAUGUCUUGAAUGCUGUUACAGCCAACACGGCCAUAUACUACGAUCCAGACCCACAGAAUACAGUGAUAUCUGAGGACCAGGAGUUUGUCAAUGUGUACUAUGAAAUGCCUGACUUUGACCCCACUCGCAUCUCUCCUUGGCUCCUUCGCAUCGAGCUGGACCGCAAGAGAAUGACUGAUAAGAAGCUGACAAUGGAGCAGAUUGCUGAAAAGAUCAAUGCUGGCUUCGGUGAUGAUCUGAACUGCAUCUUCAAUGAUGAUAAUGCCGAGAAGCUGGUCUUGCGAAUCCGCAUCAUGAACAGCGAUGAGAACAAGUUUGCCGAUGAGGAGGACACGGCUGACAAGAUGGAAGAUGACAUGUUCCUCCGUUGCAUAGAAGCAAAUAUGCUCUCUGACAUGACACUACAGGGAAUUGAGGCCAUUUCAAAGGUGUAUAUGCAUCUCCCAACAACUGAUGCCAAGAAGCGCAUAGUUGUGACAGACACCGGGGAAUACAAAGCAAUAGCCGAAUGGCUCCUGGAGACAGACGGAACCAGUCUCAUGAAAGUGCUGAGUGAACGGGAUGUAGAUCCCAUCCGCACCUUCUCCAACGACAUCUGUGAAAUCUUCCAGGUCCUGGGAAUUGAGGCAGUGAGAAAGUCGGUCGAGAAGGAGAUCAAUGCUGUGCUGCAAUUCUAUGGGCUGUACGUCAACUACCGUCACUUGGCGCUGCUAUGUGAUGUCAUGACAGCAAAGGGGUACCUCAUGGCAAUCACUCGACAUGGCAUCAAUCGGCAAGAUACAGGGGCUCUCAUGAGGUGCUCCUUUGAGGAAACAGUAGAUGUCCUGAUGGAUGCUGCUUCCUGUGCUGAAGUUGAUCCCCUUAGGGGUGUAUCAGAAAAUAUCAUGCUGGGACAGCUAGCUCGCAUUGGCACUGGGUGCUUUGACCUCCUCCUGGAUGCAGAGAAGUGCAAACUUGGCAUAGAAAUUCCAAUGAACAUUGGGGCUGGUAUGAUGGCUGGUGCUCGGGGGAUGUUCUUUGGAAGUGCAGUCUCUCCAUCAGGAAUGUCUCCACAGAUGACUCCAUUUGCCCAGGGUGCUACCCCUGCCUAUGGGAGUGUCUGGUCACCAGCUGUGGGAAGUGGAAUGACCCCUGGAGGGCCUGCAUUCUCCCCAUCUGCAUCAAGUGAUGCAUCGGGUCUUUCUCCUGGCUAUUCCCCUGCAUGGUCACCAACUCCAGGAAGCCCAAGUUCACCAGGUCCCUCUAUGUCUCCAUACAUCCCUUCACCUGGAGGAGCCAUGUCUCCCAAUUAUUCCCCAUCCUCACCCAUCUAUGCACCCUCCAGCCCCAGUCUCACUCCCAGCAGCCCUUCCUAUAGUCCCACCAGUCCUGGUUAUUCCCCUGCCAAGUAUAAUUACAGUCCCACCAGUCCAUCUUACUCCCCAACAAGUCCCAGCUACUCCCCAACCAGUCCCAGUUAUUCCCCUACAAGUCCAAGUUACUCACCUACAAGUCCCAGCUACUCCCCAACAAGCCCUAGUUAUUCUCCAACUAGCCCCAGCUACAGUCCAACCAGCCCAAGCUAUUCCCCCACAAGUCCCAGCUACAGUCCAACCAGCCCAAGCUAUUCCCCAACAAGUCCCAGCUACUCCCCAACUAGCCCAAGUUACUCCCCAACUAGUCCAUCGUAUAGUCCUACGAGUCCAAGUUAUUCCCCAACGAGUCCCAGCUACAGUCCAACGAGCCCAAGCUAUUCUCCAACAAGUCCCAGUUACUCUCCAACCAGCCCAAGCUAUUCACCAACAAGUCCAAGCUACUCGCCAACUAGCCCGAGCUACAGCCCAACCAGUCCGAGUUAUUCACCCACGAGCCCAUCGUAUUCUCCAACGAGUCCAUCAUACAGCCCGACCAGCCCGUCGUAUUCGCCUCAGAGUCCGACAUAUAGCCCCAGCAGCCCAAAAUAUUCUCCAUCGAGUCCAUCGUACUCCCCCACUUCACCAUCCUAUUCCCCAGGCUCUCCAUCAUAUGCCCCAUCAUCUCCAAAAUAUUCCCCGAGUUCCCCAUCAUACUCCCCAACCUCACCAUCAUACUCACCCAGCAGCCCUAAGUACAGUCCCUCAUCCCCCAAGUAUUCGCCGAGCAGCCCGUCGUACAGCCCGACCAGUCCGUCGUACAGUCCGACGAGUCCGACGUACACGCCGACGAGUCCGACGUAUUCGCCCACCAGUCCGUCGUACAGUCCGACGAGUCCUUCGUACAGCCCGUCGUCGCCCAGCUACUCCCCCACCACCCCCGGUUACAGUCCGUCAUCGCCCACCUACUCCCCUUCCAGCCCCAGUCAAGACGAGAGCGAGGCCGAACCGACGAAGCGGACGAGACAGAGGAAGUGA